AUGAAGGCUUUAACAAUUUUCUUGUUUGCGGUGGUAAUCGUGGCAGUUUCUGGCCGUCCUGACAAGCCAGACCUGAAGCAGCUCAAGGCAGAAGCAGCACGUAAGAAGGCCUGCUUGCACGACUGCGGCAGUGCCAAGUUUGAGCCGAUAUGCGCCGGAAAACAGGGAGAAAAACCAAAAUCAUUUGGUAGCGAGUGUGUUCUGAACAAUUAUAACUGCGAGAACAAAGACACUCUACAGAAGAUAAGUAAGGGUGAAUGCAAGGGCUCCGACGGUAUCCGCCUUUCAUAA